GAUGGAGGCCGAUCCCCUUUCUUAAAUCCCCCCAGGUAAGAGGACUGAGAGAAAGGAAACACCAACCGAGAAGUCGCCGCCGUACUCACCACUGCCGUAUUCCCGGGAAGGUUAUUUGCUGGGCAGAAGAUUGAAGGAGGGAGGAAGAUAGUUGGGUGGAGAUGCUUCAAAUCCGGCUUAGCAGGGACCCAUCCCUGGGAAGUGGCAGUGGGUCAAAGCCUUUGCCGGUGGAAACAGUGACAGUUGCAUGUCCUGACCACCUUGUCCUUGCAGACCUCCCUGUGGCAAAGAGCCUCGGUUCAAUGACUGCUGCUUCCCUUGUUAAGACUGUAGGUCGGAGAUCCCGUCGCCAGCUCGGUGAACGAGUUCAUUUCUGUGUUCGAUGUGAUUUCCCCAUUGCAAUCUAUGGACGCCUGAUUCCAUGUGAGCAUGCCUUUUGUCUCGAUUGUGCUAGGAGUGAUUCUAUCUGCUACCUUUGUGAUGAACGCAUUCAGAAGAUUCAGACUAUUAAAAUGAUGGAAGGGAUCUUCAUCUGUGCAGCCCCUCACUGUCUAAAGUCCUUCCUAAAGAGGGCUGAAUUUGAGUCACAUAUUCAUGAGAGCCAUGCAGACCUUCUUCAACCAAACGCAGAGAAAGAAGAUGGAAACGAGUCAGAAGCUCUGAGUGUCAAACAAUCUACUGUUUCCGACUCCACAGCAAGAGCUCCAUCGCGGCCAGUUUUCUCUCCUAGCUCAAGUUCCCAGCUUCAUGAUCGGGAAGACAAGGCUCGUCGCCAACAGCCUAGAGAACAACAACCACCUUCCAGGCCAAUCAUACAGCCAAAGCCACCACCUUUCUUUCAUCCAUCGGAGCUCCAACCAGAUAACAACCGACCUCCCCAAGGUUUUGACAGGCCUGGUUUGCACCGCUUCCAUCCACAGACAUUUGACAAUCAGGGUGGUCUGCAGCAAGAAUCUGCCCAGUUUUCAGACAAGCAGCAAGGAAUUUUAUCUGAGUCUCCAUAUGCUGAAUACCCUCCUCUGCAUUCCCAUCAACCACCCAAUUUUGCAGUGCCACUUAAUCCAAAUCCACUGCUAACUCCCCCUCCGUUCAAUUAUCAUCAUUUUCCAUCUGAGGGAGCUCAAACAUUUUACAGCUCUCCACAUGAGAUGGCACGGCCUGAUUCAGCACCAGAUGUUGGAACAGAACAAGGGUCAUUGUUGGGUUUCCCACCUGGUCCAGUAGGUGGUGUGAAUUUCCCAGAAAGUUAUCCUCGUCCCUGGAACAGCGGACCUGUGGGUGUGCCUUUUGAAGGUCCAACAGGGGGUCAACCAAUUCCAGAUGGUUUGGGAAAUGCAUCAGAUCCUCAAGGGAGAGGUGCAUUUUUUCAAGGUGAUUAUGGACGGAAUCCUGGAAGUUUGCCUUCAAACCCUCCUCUUCCACCUUUGGCCAACAAGGGGAUGGAACCAACACAGGGUAGUGCUGCAAUGGAUCCCAGGGAUGGCAAGGGUAUACUGGCACAACCACCCUUGCCACUCCCACCCCCACCCCCACCACCCCCUCACUUGUCACAGCUCAAAAGAGCUAAGUUCUUUUCUGGUGAUACAAGCCGAGAUGGACAGGGAUUUGGAUGGCAGCAGGAGAAGCAUGAUAGUUUUGGAAGUGGGCAGGACUAGCCCUGCUGCCACUUUGUCUUGUGUCUGAGCUAUGUACUUCUUGUUUUGGAGAAUGCUAUUCAUCAAUCAAACACAUGGUUCAAACUUGAUUAGUUCCGGCCCUGAGAGCAUUCUUCUUCAUGUUUUCUGCUCAAGGUGGUUUGGUUUGUGUACUGGUUAGUUCUUGGACAGAAAAUGAUUUUUUGUUUUAUCUUUUUCCUUUGA